AUGAGAUACUGGCCGGACACCAUCACCAAUGUCGAGCUAUGGAAGGUUACAAACCAAAAGCCUAUAGACAUAGACAUCCAAGAGCGGAAAUGGCGAUGGCUGGGCAACACACUGCGAAGACCUGAUGACCAUAUCCCGAAAGUGGCCCUACAAUGGAAACCCCUGGGCGGUUCAAGGCGACCCGGUCGACCAGCUCAUACUUGGAAGCGGUCCAUAUACAGCGAGGCCCAAGAGAAAGGGAAGUCGUGGCCAAAGCUCAACUUGCUGGCCCACGACAGAGAAGGAUGGAAGCGCCUGGUGUCAGCCCCAGACUCCUCGGAGGAGUACCGAGAUUGA